ACACUCACAUUCAUUUGUUUAUGCGAAUCUCUUUUCCAUAACCUCAUCUUCUUUUCUCUUCUCACUCACCUUCUCGUUGCUCUCUCUCUCUCUUCCCUCUACCCUCACCGGCGGCACCGAACGGUCAUCGCCGGCAACACCCAUUUCCUUAUUCAGUGGCCAGAACUCAGCGUUCCUCUUCAAUGGCCUCAAUUCCGGUUCCGUGUCCCAGAAUUCUCACGACGCCGAAGCUUCAAGCUUUACCCUCUCGCGCUUCAUUUGCAGCCACGAGGGUUCAGAGAGGCUUAAAGGGUGGUUCGGUGUGGAGUUUGGCGUGCUCCACGUGGCAGUUUCGUGGGAGAGUUGGAUUCCACCGUAGACAAGGGAAGUUUUCGUUGCUUUCUUUUGGGGUCGAUGAUGGAAGUGUUGGUGGUGAAGUGGGACAAAGAGAUUGGUCCCAGGUUUUGUCAGCAUUGCUUCCUUUUGUGGUUGCUGCCACUGCUGUUGCUGCUCUUGCUCAACCUUCCACUUUUACUUGGGUAUCUAAAGAGUUAUAUGCUCCUGCUCUUGGUGGGAUAAUGUUGUCUAUUGGAAUAAGACUAUCCAUAGACGACUUUGCUCUUGCAUUUAAAAGACCUGUGCCACUUUCUAUUGGUUUAAUUGCACAAUAUGUGCUUAAACCUGCUCUUGGGGUCUUGGUUGCAAAGGCUUUUGGUUUGUCUAGGAUGUUUUAUGCGGGCUUUGUCCUCACGGCUUGUGUUUCAGGGGCUCAGCUAUCCAGCUACGCCAACUUUUUAAGCAAAGGGGAUGUAGCCCUUGGCAUUCUUCUCACAAGCUACACCACAAUUGCAUCAGUUAUUGUUACACCUCUAUUAACUGGUCUUUUGAUUGGAUCAGUAGUGCCGGUUGAUGCAGUUGCCAUGUCAAAGUCCAUUCUACAGGUUGUUCUUGUUCCAGUGACACUUGGUCUUCUUCUCAAUACAUAUGCAAAGCCAGUAGUAUCUGUUCUUCAGCCCAUGAUGCCCUUUGUUGCUAUGAUUUGUACUUCAAUGUGCAUUGGCAGCCCUCUUGCUUUGAACCAGACUCAAAUUUUGUCAGGCGAAGGUCUCCAAUUGGUUUUACCAGUGAUAACAUUUCAUGCUGUUGGUUUCACUUUGGGAUAUUGGUUCUCAAAGAUUCCAUCCUUGAGGCAGGAAGAACAGGUGAGUAGGACAAUUUCACUGUGCACUGGGAUGCAGAGUUCCACCCUUGCUGGCCUUCUUGCAACCCAAUUUUUGGGAAGUAGUCAAGCAGUUCCUCCUGCAUGUUCUGUUAUUGCUAUGGCUAUAAUGGGUCUCUGUCUUGCCUCUUUUUGGGGAAGUGGCUUUGUAAUUAGAAACCUGCUACCACUACCUCCACUCUGGACUAAUUCUGCUCUUAAAACUUAACUUUUUGUUUCUGAUGGGUGCCAUUCAGGCUUAUUUGGAGGCUGGAAUCUUGAUAAAUUUGAUCAUAUGGUACUGAUUAGAGAUAUCUAGGAAAGGUUGAUUGAUAGGAAAAUUUCAAGUGUAUAGGCUGGUCUCACAUAUGAACCUACAAGAAAGAGGUUUCAUUAGUAACACUUUAUACACAUUAUCAGAGAAAAAAUUACAUUGUAACGGAGUUACAGCUACACACAGAUACUUCCUAUUGUUAUCUAGCUACAAAUUAAUACACUUGUGUACAUAGACUCAAAGUAUGUUAUAGAUGAAUCAGCAAUUAACAGUUCUCUCCCUGAGUUUUUUAU